ACAUAUCGCUAGACAUUUAAAACAUUUUAACUAUUCGGUUGGGGAUUAAUGGAAAUUCUGAAUCAAUUUUUUUUAGCACAACACUAUUAAUCAAAAUAUAGAGAAUAUUAGGUAGUAGUUAGUAGUAACUAAUUAUCCGGAUCCGAGUUGAAUCUGAUAUAGCUUUCCCGAGAAAUUGAAAUUGAUAAAGGUAAACAUUUAGAACAAUGGUCUUCUAAGAAUUUACAUUUCAAUCGAAGACAGUUGGAAUUGCAAUCUUUUUUGCAUUUUUUAAUGAACACUUCAAUGAUACGUUUUAUCAACCAGUCCUGGUUUUAAAAAAAAAGAAGAUUUCUGUGCUAAAAUAUAACGUAGAUAAGCAUCAAUAAUGGAAUACUUUUCAGUGGGGCGUUAGUUUCCGUUAAAGUAACGUGUUAAUUGGGAAAUAAUAAUAGCCAAAAUGCAGUUCUGUUAUAUAGUACUUUCAUUCUUUUUUACUGUUUCAUCAUCAAUCGCGGAGGAUGUGAGUUAUCAAGCGUGUGUAGAUAAAUAUUCAAGAAAAGGCUACCAGCCGUGGCAAGAAUGGUCUGACCAUUAUACUUGUCAUCGAUACAGAUGUGAAAUUCGCGAUGGAAAAUAUUUUAUUGCAGCUGUUGGCUGUCGGAAACCGAAAAUUCCAGAAAAUGCUCUGGAAUGUCAUGAGUAUAUAGAGGAUGAGAAUGUUGAAUUUCCGACGUGUUGUGCCCGUCUAAGAUGCGUGGUGGAAAUGAACGGCGAAAGAAUCGUACAAACUAGAGGACAGCCUGGGGAAUUAUUUCCAGACAAACCAUGGAAAGGCCAACAGAACGAGCCCAACCCAGCAGUAGUAGGAAUGCAGGGGAUCCAGCAGAACACUGUCAGUGGCGAGCCUCAGACGCAGUCAGCACCCGGCAUCUUCAAUAGCAGAGGCGCAGGCAAGCCAAUGGAUGGCAACGAUAUUAGCGGACGUCGCUACGUCGAUCCCUAUCCCGGCCAGCAACUGCAAGAGUCACCAAGAAAGAAGCGAUCUACUAUCUACCCAUUGUUCGAUCGGAGCUCCAUCCGUGAGACACGCACUUACCCUCAUCAUAUCAAAGUGAAUGGCUAUUCACCUGAAAGAUACACGUCAUAUUUCCCUUAUACUGUUAAAGCUACGUCUAAUCUUAAAUUUCAUAUGAAUAUGUCGUAAUAACACAUACAAAAUUAUAAAAAUUACUUGACUAAACUAAAGAGAAAAGUUAAAAAGGGGAAAAUACGUCCAAAUUAGCUGAUGGGUGUAAUAGCUUCGUUUUAACGAAAUUAAUUUAAUAAUGAUCCAUCUAACUUUUUCCUUUAGUUUGGGGUGCUCAGUGGUUAUUUUCAAAUGUUUAUUAUCAAUGCAUUUUUUAAUGUUAGUUUGUAGCUUUUAUUUAUUGUUGCUUUAUUUA